CGCCGCGGGGCCAUAAAGCCCGCCCGGGGCCGCGGCCGCCUGGCGGGGCUGCGCUAUGGCAGCGGCGCGGCGGGGGGCGGUGCUGGGGUUUGGGCUAGCGGGGGUGGCGUGCGCCCUGCUGGGGGGCUGCCUGCUGCUCGUGGGCCCGGUCAUCGUCAAGGAGCAGGUGGUCAAGAAUGUCAGAAUUGAUCCUAGCAGCAUCUCCUUCAACAUGUGGAAAGACAUCCCUGUUCCUUUCUACAUGUCGGUGUACUUCUUUGAAGUGCUGAACCCCAAGGAGGUCCUCCAGGGAGCGAAGCCAGCACUGAACCAGCGUGGACCCUAUGUUUACAGAGAGUUCAGGUAUAAAACAAAUAUCACGUUCAAUGACAAUGACACCGUCUCCUUCCUGGAGUACCGGCAACUCUUCUUCCGGCCGGACUUGUCCAAUGGCAGUGAAGAUGAGUACAUCGUUGUGCCAAACAUUUUGAUGAUGGGAGCAGCUGUAAUGAUGGAAGACCUGCCAGCCUUUGUGAAGUUUUUACUGAGUGGAGCCCUGUCUGGCCUGAGACAAGAGGCAUUCAUGAACCGGACAGUGAGGGAGAUCAUGUGGGGGUAUGAAGACCCUCUUAUAGACACAAUAAACGCGCUCGUUCCUGGCCUCAUCCCUUUCAAGGGGAAAUUUGGCUUAUUUGUGGGGCUUAACAACACCAAUUCAGGGCUGUUCACAGUGCACACAGGCAUGAAGGACAUCAGUAGAGUUCACAUGGUGGAUUCAUGGAACGGACUGAAGAAGGUGAACUACUGGCGGAGCAGUGAGUGCAACAUGAUCAAUGGGACUGCAGGGGAGAUGUGGCCACCGUUCAUGUCCCCAACAUCACUGGAGUUCUACAGCCCUGACGCCUGCAGAUCCAUGAAACUGGUAUACGAGCAGUCUGGGAAGUUUGAGGGUGUGCCUACCUAUCGCUUUGUGGCACCGAAAACUCUCUUUGCCAACGGCACAGACUAUCCACCUAACGAAGGCUUCUGCCCCUGCCUGCAGUCUGGCAUCCAGAACGUCAGUAGCUGUAGGCUAAAUGCACCGAUGUUCAUUUCCCAUCCUCACUUCUACAAUGCUGACCCAGUCCUGGUGAACGCUGUUGAAGGCCUGAAGCCCAACAAGGAGCAGCACGCGCUCUUCCUCGAUGUGCACCCGAUGACGGGCAUUCCCAUGAAUUGUUCCAUCAAACUCCAGCUGAAUCUCUACAUAAAGCGCGUGUCUGGUAUAAUACAAACAGGGAAAAUUAAGCCAGUGGUCCUGCCACUGCUGUGGUUUGCAGAGAGUGGAUCCAUUGAGGGCUCAGUCCUAAAGCAGUUUUACACCAACCUGGUGCUGAUCCCGUCCCUGCUGGAGUACCUGCAAUAUGUUUUUCUUGGUCUGAGUGUCCCACUGAUUAUCUCAGCAGCUGUAAUCGGGGCAAAGAGUCAGAAAACUGAGAAGAGCCCGUGCCACCCCGCCACGCAGAGCAAACCGCCCCCCGCCUCCGAGACAACGCCGCUCCUCCACGAUGCUGACACGCUGAGCCAGGACGAUGCCCAACCCUGAGGUGCCGGCCCUGGCACGCUUUCCACUUGGACUCAACCAUGCUGGGGACCUGUUUUGCAUCCCCAGAAGCCUCUGGAAGGUGAAGUUGUCCUGGGCAACUCAGCGGAGACCCUGCAUGCCAUGGCAAAGCCACAGGACAGGACUGCUGCACCCACUCCCGCACCAGAGACCUCACCCAGCCACCUGAAACAGUGUUCAAGAACCCUGUCCCCAAGGGGCCAGCCCUUGCCACAGCCCCUCUCUCCCUGUGGGCCAGCAGGAACGAAGAUGGUCGCUGGCUGAUCUGAGAAGUUACUUUGCCAUUUAAGACUGUCUAUUGCUAGGGAUAAAAGGCAAUUUAUUAGGAGCCUUUAAAAUAAAUGAGGUUUGUAUAUGUAGCACUGAUGAGACAUAGUGAUCUUCUUAAAAGCCACUGUUGUGAAUGGUCCUUGCUGUCCUGAAGCCACUUAACAGUUUUAUUGCCACUUGAUGUAACUGGACCACACCGCAAAUCAAUUCUGGGUGCGGUCGCUUUGGUGAUGCCUCUUCCCAGGAUACCCAGAGCCUGACCAAGGUUGCUCCAGCCUUUGCACACAGCACGAUGGUGACUUUGGACAGCACGAUGGUGACUUUGAAAGCCCCGAUUCUGUGCCAUGACCUCACACUCCAAUGACUCCAGCCCACAGUCCUUUUACUUCACCUCUCCUUGCUUUAGGUGACUGUGUGAGAUGAACCUUGCCAAAAAACUCGCUGGUACACCUGGCUGACAGCUCCUGAUUGUUGUCCAUGCUGCCUGCUCGGCCACCCAGCUCUUCUGGUCCCAUGCUGUCAGUGCUGGGAGGCCAUUGCAUCACUCUGGCCGUGCUGCCUGCCAUGGAACGGGAGCAGGCAGAAGCUUGACCCUGUCCAUGAGCGUUAACGAAGAUAGUUGUUCUUUGGAACUGGAGAAAGCCACGUGCAGUCAUGAAAGUAACAAUGGCCUUUGUAGGUUUUGAUUAAAAUAUUGCAGAUUCCUGAAAUGAUGUCUUAGGGGAUUGGGGGCUGGAGGUUAACUGGGGGUGGGCUGGGUCAGUCUUUAGUG